GGGGAGAUGAGACGAUGAGGGGCUGCGAAGACGAAUAUGGAUUACGGCCAGGUAGACGUUGCUAACGCCUGCUUGGAUGGGCAUAUAAGACGCUCUUGUUCCCCGUUGGUCUUCCCUUUCUCUUCUUCUCUUCCAUAGUCACGAAUCCAUAUUUACAUCUCUUCAACCGUACAACUCCUCUAUAUAUACACACUUAGCAACCAUGGCUUGGGGCUGGGACGAAUCCGCUGACGCUCACGACCGUGUCUACAACGACAAGCAUGAGGGCCACCUCUCCCAUGAACUGAUCGGAGGUGCUGCCUCCUUCGCCGCCUUCAAGGCAUACGAGGACAAGAGGAAGGACGAGGGCCAAGAGGUCGACCAUGCCUUCGCCAAGGAAGUCCUUGCUGGCCUUGCCGGUGCCGAGGUCGACAAGCUCUUCGAGACCAAGGGCCUUGACGAGAUCGACAAGAUCCGCGCCCACGAGCAUGCCAAACAGAACGCUGAGCGUAUCUACGACGAGCGCUAUGGUAACAACAACUACUAGAUUCUGUGAGAAGGGGCCUGCUCUUGUGUUAUUGAAUGGCUAUAUACGUGCAUUAUCGCUAGGAUACCUCUGAUUCGAAUGAAUUAUGGAUUGAAUGAAAUAAUUUUUGUAAACCUGGA